AUGGAGGAGCAUAUCGAAGAGCCGGGCCAUCCAUCGCGAAACAUUCCCAACGAAGCAUAUCCCGAUGACAGCCCCCGACCAGAGGCAAGCCCUCAUGAUCUGCCACCGCAAGACGAGGCACACCGUGAUGAUGGGAUACAAUCAUUUGAAGAAUGGAAUGGUGGCAUACAAGGUGCCGGAAGAAUUGAGAGGCCAGAGCAAGUCGCAACGCCCAAUGAAGUCCCGCUGUCACUGCAAUCAUUCAUCCGCGGGCCCACAUCCUCGACCAACGAAUCGCCGUCUAUCACCUCUACGGUCACCUCGGCAGUCACCUCAGCGGCCACCUCAGGAGUCACCUCAGGAGUCACCUCAGGAGUCAUCUCAGGAGUCAUCUCAGCAGUCACCUCAGCAGCCAUCUCAGCAGUCACCUCAGGGGACGCUUGA